AUGGACAUAAAACAAGAAGCUAUUGGGAAGACUUCUAAAAUAGAAAUAGAUAAUGAGACCUGUGAUGUCACUUUAAAUGCUUUCAAAAUUGAUAUUAAGGAAGAACCCAAAACAGAAAGUAUCUACCACACAUUUGAUUAUUUAGACUUUAAUGAAUUCUCAGUAAACACUAACAUAAAACAAGAUUUGUUUGAUGAAAAGAAAACAAAUGAAGAAAGUAAGUAA